ACAAAAUGGCAUCCACAGUGGAACAAUCGACCCUGAUAAAUCCUCCUGCAGAAGAGCUAUCGGAGGAGAAAAGAAAAUUUCGCUAUCGAGCCGGUGCAUUUCUAGCAGCAGUCGGUGCAACGUCAGCCGUAGCAGGUUUCAGUAAAGCGAUUAUGUCGGCCAAAAAAUCGGACCCAAAAUAUUUCGACAAAGGUCUGCACGGUAGCAUAGCGCUACACGAGGCCGGUACGAGCCUUGCGUUGCGUGCGCUCGGAUGGGGCACACUGUAUGCUAUCCUCGGCACGGGAAGCAUUUGCUUCGGAAUAUGGAAGCUAAGCGGAGCGAACAAUAUGGAAGAGUUUCGGGAAGCGGUCGGCAAAAUCUUGCCCCGAGUACCACGUAACAAUCCACCAACGAGCCGUACGGAAUUUGAAGGACUGACCGAUCUCAUGCAGUACCUGUCGACAUGGGGAAAAGAUGAGAAGCAAGCGGCUCCUUCCUUGACAAAUAAACAACCUAGUCCGUAGUGAA